AUGACAAACAAAGCCACAUUCUGUAGUGAUAUGUCCGUUGACCUGGUGCGCUGUCUAGCAGAUGAUGACAUUGUGAUUGACAGUGCGAGAGUGUCAACGAAUACUGUUGGGGCUGACACUGAUGUUUCCCGUUUCAUUGAUUUUCUGGUGAGAGACAGGCACGGUUCCCCGUUCGAGCAUUGCGUGUUCACGUUCGCACUUGAUGUUCCGAUCUUUGUUGCGCGUGAGAUUAUGCGUCACCGUAUCGCUUCAUAUAGUGAAGAGUCAGGACGUUACACUGCGAGCCGUUUGAAGUUCUACCUACUUGAAUCGCACAGGCCGUUAGUUCAGGCUGGCAAGCCUGGUGACUAUAAGUUCACGCCAGGCUCGCAGCUGCAAAUUGAUUACGCCUCUAUCGUGAAUGCUUCAACAUGCGUUGAGGCAGCAGAGACGUAUCAGGCAAUGCUUGACGAUGGUAUCGCCCGCGAGGUUGCCCGAAUGGUGUUGCCAGUAUCGACGUACACGCGCAUACACAUGACGAUCAAUGCUCGUUCGCUCAUGAAUUUUCUGAGUCUACGUCACGCCACUAAAGACAGUUGGUAUAAGACCUCACCACUCUAUGAAAUUGAAUUAGUGGCUAAACAAAUGGAACAGCAGUUCAAAGAAUUUAUGCCACAUACCCAUGCGGCGUUCAUUGAACAUGGGCGCAUUGCGCCUUAA